AUGCCGAGUAUCGUGUCUCCAUUAGCUGUAUCUGGUGGAAUCUGGGAACCGCCAUGUGGGAACGCUACCAACUCACAAAUUCGCCGGAGGACUUGGAAAAAGCGAGUAAGAUAUACGGUUUCGCAAGGGGGGGCUCCUCAGCAUGAUUCAAAUGACCGUUUUCGCUCCUGUCGCGACCUUGGCCGAGUGAAUGCGCUUCAGUUCAAAGAGAGUGGAGAUUUGGAAAAAGGCGAAGCUGCGGUUACUAUGCUGAAGGAAGCUUUGCAGGUCGAGCCAGACUCGAUGAUGGUGAUAGAGAGCCUUGCGGAUCAUCUUCGCAUCUUCGCCGAUUAUGCGGACUCUGAUGAGAUGCUCACGGAGUCGGCAAAUAUAUUGGAAAAGGCUUACAACCAGAGCAAAAAUCCAAGCGACAGCCUCAGCGAUGCCCAGGCCUUGACUUUUAUGCAGCAAUUUAAGAGAACAGGCAAGCCUGAGGAUAUUGAAGUUGCCAUUCAGCGAUUCCGCACGCUGGUUGAUCGGUCACAUGGCCGAGCAGAGGAUCAAGCGCAAUAUCUUCUAAAACUUUCUCAGUGUCUAUUGUCAAGGUUUGAGGCCUUUGAGAAACAACAUGACCUUGAUGAAGCUCAAGCCGAGGCCACCAAGGCCUUUUCUCUGGAAACUACCCGCCAGUCCAUAAAAGGGGAUUGUAUUCGUGUCCAGGGGCUGAUAUCCAACGCAAGAUACAAGUGGAGCAAUAAACCCGAACACCUUGAUCAGGCAAUAGCGCAGUACCGACUAUCACUGGAAAAGGUCAGCGACAAGGACAAGCAUCUGGUUCGCAACGAUCUUGCGAACGCGUAUUAUUUCAAGUUUAAGAGAACAUUACUACUUGAGGAUCUUUCUGAAUCGAUUCGGGGGUAUGACACUGCUCUUCACGAGCUCCAGCAAAGUGGAAGGAAGGAUUCCAAGAAAGACAAUCUAAUGAUAUCCCACGGGUUGGCCAUCUCGCUUACUGCACAAUUCGAGGUCACCCAACAGCAACAAGACAUUGACCGCGCUAUCACUUGCUACGAGAAAUGCUUUCAGGGCGCCGCGAAAAAAACCAUACAUGGUCUGAUUCGAGCCAAUAAUCUCGCCCUUGCCUACCAAGAACGAUACAAACUCACGGGACAGAUUGAAGACGUGAAAAAGUCUCAAACCGUCUUACUUGAAGUGCUCGCAUGGGGUCUUGAUGUGCACCCAAAUAACCGAUGUAACAUGCACAACAAUCUUGGCCGAGCGUUUCUACUCUCAUAUAUCGAGCUCAAAGAGCCCUCGUACCUGAAUUAUGCAGCAGAGCAUUUCCGCAAGGCUGAUGCGACAGGUUGCACCCUCCCUGACUUUCAGGUAGCGGCCUCAGUCAACCUCUCCCGGGUUUUACUAUUGAAGGCCAGGGAAACAAAGCAACGCCAGGACCAAUUUGCUGUUCUGCUUCAGCUCACAAAAAGCCUCAGCUAUCUAGGGAACAUGCCAAACAUCACUGAUCACUCCCAUACGGACGGAAUUAUCUAUAACAUGCUGGAGUUUAUCCUCGAUUCUUGGAUGGAUUCAGGCUACAGUGCGGAAUCUACCUCUGGGCAACUUUAUUUGACCGCGAGCAAAACACUUAUUCCUCACUUUAAAACCCUCCAAAGCUCCGCUAUUGCCCGUUUCUAUAUCUUUGCAGCGAUUGCGCAGCACAUUGUGGCAAAACAGCCAGGGAUUGCUCGUGAUGUGAUCCGAACGACGGCCGAAAUUCUACCCAAGAGCAUGCUUCUCAGUUUUGAUCGCAGGGAUAUCCUCAAUAACCUCGCAAAUUUCACCGGGCUUCCAUCCUUUGCCAUCGCCUGCUCACUAGCUGCAGGGGACUCGCCAUAUAUGGCCCUUGAGCUCUUCGACAAAGUGCGCAGUGUUAUGUGGGACAGUGUGCUUUCUAACAAAAUGACUCUCCGAGAAAAAGAAAUUGAGAACUUCCCCGAACUGAGAGAUAGACUGGCACAAGUGAUAAAGCCUCUCGCUGGGACCAAGGGCUCGCAAAAGACACCAUCAGUGAGUGAGAUAGGUGGAAUGCUAGUGCAACAGCAUGAGAUAUACCGACAAGGGGUGGAAUACCAGCAGCUUUGGGACCAGCUAGAAUCACAUCCAGAGCUUGAAAGAUUCACAUGUUUGCCAGCAGAUAUGUCUGCACUGGCCAGAUAUGCAGAGGAAGGUCCUGUCAUAAUUGUGAACUACGGACUUUUCCGUAGCGAUGCCCUUAUUCUAACAAAAGAAGGAGUGGAGUCAAUUUCCCUCCCAUUGCUCACUGGGCAGGCCUUGGAAGAAAAUGAUAAUUUGUAUUUGGAAGCCCUCAGCAUCAUGGGUAUCGACCUCUUUGUCGCAACCCAGAAAAUGAACCAACUUCUCGAAUGGAUCUGGGAUGCCGUUGCAGAGCCAAUCCUUGAUCGCCUCGGGUUUGGUGGCGACUUGAUAGAAGGGAGCAAUCUUCCACGAUCGUGGUGGAUUACAACUGGUCGCAUUGGAACUUUUCCACUACAUGCUGCAGGAAACCCUCGUAAGGGGGCUUCCUGCAACGUUCUCGACCGGACUGUACCAUCCUACAUCAAUGGACUCCGCGCUCUUGAUUACACCCGAAGUCAACGCAGCACCCGACCAGAUGACCCGGCAAAACCUGAUAAGCGUGCACUUUUGAUUUCAAUGGAAUCGACGCCAGAGAUGGGCGAAGAGGGAAACCUCCCCGGCGCCUCGAGGGAAGUAACUAAAAUCGAAGAAAUCGUCAAUCGCAGCGGAGGAAAAAGUAAACUCCUACACAGUCCAAGUCGCGCCGAGGUCCUACGACAUCUCAAUCGAGCAGACUUUGCCCACUUCGCCUGUCAUGGUGUCUGUGAUGGAGAUGAUCCUGCCCGGAGUGCGCUCCGUCUGACGGACUGGCAGACGAAGCCACUGGAUGUCGAAUGUCUCCUUCAACAGAACAAGAGCGAUAUGAGACUGCAGCUUGUGUAUCUCUCCGCAUGUGAGAGUGCAUCAAAUAAGUCUAAAUUCCGCGACGAAGGGCUGCAUCUAGCUGGUGGGUUUCAAAUGGCUGGAGUUCCCCACGUCAUUGCUAGCCUUUGGCGCGCGGACGAUACAUUUAGCUUCGACAUGGCUGCGCGGUUCUAUCAGUCACUUGGUGCGCUGGGAUCAAACUGUGAUCCCACGCAAUCGGCCAAAGUGCUUCGACAAGUUGUUGUUGAAAUGAGAGAUUCGGGUGCGAGCCCAUUGCUUUGGGCUACAUACAUACAUUUGGGUCCGUAG